AUGCGCGGUGGCUUCCGUUACCUUAACUUGUUUCUCACCACCGACAACUCCGCGGCUAAUGCAUCCUUGGAGAUCCGCCACAUCAGCCUCGAGAUCAGUUUUCAGCCAACGUGGUCUAACUUGAGAGCAUACAAGGGAUGCUUCUCCUCGAGCGGCGAGCUUCUCACCAAGAUCUGGUGCGCUGGCGCUUACACGCUUCAGACCAGUUCUGUACUCAGAAAGACAGGGUGA